AUGAGCCUCCUACCUUCCUCUGUGCAACCCUUCGUGGGCCCCCCACUUAAAGACCUCCACCCUCUGGCGUACACGUUAUGGAAAACGGACAUCUUGUCCCAAGCGUCAUCCCGCGAUGUCGUUGACAAGAUGUACCUCGAACUUGAUCAAGUCGAACACUCCGAACGCAACGUCGUGGAUCCGACUCUGUCGGAGACCAAUCGUGAUGAUGUCUCCAAUCCAACUGGUCCUGAAAUGGAGAGUGGAACAACACCCGUGACAACAACAGUGAUCGCACUCAUGGCCGCACUCAUCGUGUGGGUCGCAAUGACCAGGCUGCCAUUGCUGCUCGUGCGGCUGUUCCAACCAGACUCUGCCCUACUUUGCGACGUGUUUGCAUCACUACCCCACGAUCCUAUGCUUAUUGCGGGUACUACCCUCGCUCCCACCACUGUUGAACCGGGCGACCACUUCCCACCUCCUGUGGAUGCCGGUGACCAUGUCUUCGCUGAAGUCCCUUCCACCGAGUGGGUCUUCCACUGUUCCCACGCAGUGCCUUCUAUAUUCUUACUGCGGCGUCGGAAACACCGAUGGUUCUACAACGUCUACCAAUAUGUGUGGACGGUGUCCAUCCCCAUCCCCCAUUCCAAGUUGUCGAAGGUCAAGGCGUUUUCGCCCUCCAUGCGUGCCUUCGCUACUGUGAAAGCAACCCCAGUGACGCGCCGCUACCUAUGCCGCGACUCACGGAGGCAUCUCUGUCCGUUUUACGGCUCGGAUAUGUGCGAAAUCACCACCACUCUUGCUGAUGUGCUUCGUGCACCCAACAACGCCAUGGGUCUCUACUUGCAAGACCAAGUGCGAGUCCUCGACCGACCCGCACCGUGGGGGGCCAAGCACCUUCGUGGUCAAUUAUGUGAGCCUUAUGCUUACGCCAAAUCCAAGCGCAGUCCUUUCGACUCAUCUGCGGUCUUCCGCGCGGCCUCCUACCUUGCCCUCCUCCACUCCAAUGUCAAAGCACGAUUCUAUCGGCGGGUGUCCUACGAAUUAUUUCGAACGGACGCGAUGUCCAUUUUCAAACCUGAUGUUGGCGAGCUGCGCCACUCACCACCCAUGGAUAUCAGCACCCUCCUAAGCGACGACGCCAAAGAGUACGAGAAACUCGGGCGGAUCAUCAAGUCCAAGUACAAUACAAAACUCGGAUGGCUUUCUCCAACGCCGACUCCCCCCCGAAAAACGCCGUAG